UAUAUGCCUCCAUUUGGGAUGAUUGCCGGUGGGAUUUUGGUGAAGGCACUGGCCCUGUGGUACUCCACAAGCUGUGCAGCGGAGCAACAAGAACAAGAGAAGAAGGCGAAGAAGAUUGAUUAUGGUCUUCUUGGUGGAUUUCCUACAGUUGUAAUGGUUCACAUAGUGAGUGUCCUGCUACACAAUGCUCCCUACAGGUUUUCUCAAGUAGGCCGCUACUUGGCACUGUCAGCAGAGGAUAGUGUCUUUCUUGGAACAUUAGCAUUCUGUGUGUCACUACUAGUUCUUCCUUACUAUAUCAGCAAAAACCUGGGGUUACAAAAUCGAAGUUGGGAAAUUGUGAAGAUCUUUGCAGUCCUUGAAUUGGGCAUUUUGGUGUUUGCUGGAGCAGUAUACAAUUUCUCUCUUGCGUUAAUAGUUACAGUUGCAUAUACACCUGUAGCUCUGAUGACCUCCCCAUCAAAAUCAAGGUGGAGACGGUGGUUAAAGGCCGCAAUCCUGCUGUUGGUUCACCCCCUGACAAUGCUGUUCCUGUUCGUCCUGAUGGACACUUGGUCUAACUUUGACGACCUUCCUCCAAAUAAGAUGCUCUGGAAGGCAUACAUAGCAACAAAAAGAGCUUUCAUGUACAGUGUGGUUGACGGGUUGAUUUAUUCAAAUUGGGUUUACGAUGUUGCAGUGCAAUGUUUACUUCCUGUGUGGCUCCUCUUUUGGCAGAUAGCUCUUCAUCCCAUUCAGUAAGAGCUCUUGGGCUCAGCACAUGCACCGAGUAGCUGUGGCUCACCGUUAUAGCUGUGUUUUACAUUAAGUGAUGUGAUUAUUUCAGAAUUCUCACACACCAGGCACACGCACAUGCACACAUGCACACACGCACACGUAAUUGUAUAUUUGCUGUAUGUAUGUACCUGUAUAUGUAUUUGUCUGUCAGUGAUUUUUCCUUUUUGUAUUAACAUGAAUUGACACAAAGUUAUUGUCACAAAAUUUUUUUGAUAUUAUCUGGGAAAUACAUUGAUAAUAUGAAUACAGGAAUUUGGAUAGUAUCAGAUUUAGUUUGAUAUUACUUUUAUGCUAAUUAUUUUAUAGAAUGGCAGGUUAUAAGAUUUGAUAUUACUAUCUAUAUAGUAUAACACAAUGAUGGGCUUGCUUCCAUUAUUGUGAAAACUUGGUUAUAUCUCUUUGUCCCUAUGAAAAAGGUAUUAAGUAGUAAUCUAUUUAUGCAUAUUUACAAUCUAUUGUAUGUGCAUACGUGUACGUGCAUGUGUGCGUGUGUGUGUGUCUGUGUGUGUCUGUGUCUUUAUAACUAUUUUGAUAUUGAUAUGUGAUUGUUAACUGGAGGCUGUCAGUUUGUAAUUCGUUAUUGCUAGCCUGUAGCCCAAACUGUAUUGGACAUUUCUGAACACUGAGACAAACUAGGAAUUAUCAUUAUGCUUCAGUGUGAGGGCCAGUACUAACACCUUUGAAUCUUGGAGUUGGACUAGAAUGGGAUUCAAAGAAAUAAUUGUUCUUUUUCUUACAAAUUGCCUUGCUGACAGUGUAAAAUCAAAUAAAUCAAAGCAUGGUAACUUAAAGCCAAUGAACAGAAUGGUGGUAAAUCAUAAAAAGAAACACAGAGUAUGUCAUGUGGUUUCCCUGCCUCUUGUUGUAGGGAGAUUCUCAGUAAGAAGCAGUUGAGGACAAGUCUGUGAGGCCAGAUAAUUUUUGAAGCUGAAAUGCACAUGAUCUAAUUAAGUUUUGAAAAUUUGAAACCAACAGUGUUUAAUUUAGUGGUGAUUAUGCCAAUGAGCAGGCAUAUAUGAAAUGAAAGAGUUUUCUACCUUCAGCAAGGUCAACAGCUGAAACAAGAGCCUUCAGACACAAAGUUGAACAUCAGAGGCAGCAGAAUACAGUACGUCAAAGUAUUUGCCUUCAUUUCUCUUUGAGUACAUCAUUGGAUUAGCUUAUAAUUAUUGCAGCAUUAUUGAAUAGUGGGCCUAUUCCUGAGUCCAUCCACUAAAACCUCUUAUCUGCUGCCAUAGAGUCAGCUGUAAAGAUCUGGACAAUACUGCAUCAGUCCUUUUAUGCAAAAUUUGAGGCAUGGGAUAUCACAAUCCAUCAGAUACUCCACCAGUAAUGGAACAUAGUGUACAGAGCAAGAAGUGUAAAUGUCAGUUCUCAGACUUUGUAAGGCUGCCUAAGGCUGCCUGCAUUUUGAAUAAGUAACCACAGAAUAUGUUGUACUUGUCCUUUGUGAAACAUAAUAUAAAAUAUAGGAAGGAGUGAGAGAUGCACUAGUCAAGUGAGUUUCAGAACAAGUAAAAUCUGUUCUUUGAAAAACAUGAUCAUUUUGUAAACAAUGUCAUAUUUAUAUUAAUAACUUCAGGAAAAGGUAUAUAUGUUUGUGUUUGUAAAUAUAUAUAUAUAUAUAUAUAUAUAUAUAUAUAUAUAUAUAUAUAUAUAUAUAUAUAUAUAUAUAUAUAUAUAUAUAUAUAAUUUCUUUCUAUGUAUGUAAUAUUAUUUCCUGUUUGUAUUGCCAGAGAGGACCAAAGAAUAUGACUAGGUUGUGAAACUUACAUACAUUUGAUAUAAUGAAGCAUCUUCCUUGAACUUAUUUACAGAAUAUACAGUUUGUGUCAACAAUAUCAUGAUGCAGUACUUAUUUAUGUGAAUUGUUAGUGACAUAGGACCAUAUGUAUCUCAAUAUAAUUGUCAUUCCAUUAUUAAUCAAGUGUGGGAUACUGGGUAUUAUUUUGUGCAGUUGACAACAAUUAUCUAGUAGUAGAUUUUAGUAUUGUUUUACAGAAAAUAAAGUCCUACGCGAGAGAAACAGUAA